GGGCUGGGCCAUCCACUGGAAGCCUCGGCCUGCAACUGGGAGGCCAGGCCAGACCAGACCAGGCCUGCAGUGCAGACACAGGACAGAGAUCAUGCUUGACCUCGGAUAAUCGAAACUAUCAAAAGCAAAACCUCAGAUUAGGGAAAGCCACUUAUCUCUUCUCAGACACCAGGCAGAUGCAGGCCAGAAUGGGCAGCCCAGUGCACCGAGUAUCGAUGGGGGAUCCCUGGAGCAGGAAAGUGCACCCCGACAUAGAGAGUGAGAGGCACCAGCAGUCCUUCGACGUGGAAAGACUCACCAACAUCCUUGACGGAGGUGCCCAGAACACUGAACUCAGGAGGAAAGUCGAGAACAUCAUCGACAAUGACCCAGUGUUUAGCCUGAAGGAUAAUUAUUUCAUGAACCAUUAUGAGCGUUACGAAGCUGCUGUUAAGAAGAAAUUCCACAUCCAGAUGAUAGCACAGCACCUGGGCUGGUUGGAAGAGAGUCGUGAAUUGGCUUAUGCUUUCAGAGCUGUUUCUGGAGACAUGGGCUUAGGUUUACACUACAUCUUCCUGAAAGCCAUCAGAAGCCUGGGCUCAGAGGAGCAGGUAGCCAAAUGGGCCCCACUCUGUGACAACUUCCAGAUCAUCGCAACAUACGCCCAGACAGAACUGGGACAUGGGACGUAUCUUCAGGGACUGGAGACUGAAGCCACCUACAGUGCAGACACCCAGGAGUUUGUGCUGCAUAGCCCCACGAUAACUGCCACCAAAUGGUGGCCAGGUGACUUGGCACGGUCAGCCACCCACGCCCUGGUCCAGGCCCAGCUGAUCUGCUCUGGAACCCGGCGGGGCAUGCAUGCCUUUAUUGUGCCCAUCCGGAGCCUCCAGGACCACACUCCACUGCCAGGAAUCACUGUUGGAGACAUUGGGCCCAAGAUGAACUUUGAACACUCGGACAAUGGCUUCUUGAGACUAGACCACGUGCGGAUCCCCAGGGAAAACAUGCUGAAUCGCUUUGCAAAGGUCUUGCCAGAUGGCACCUACGUCAAGCUCGGGACAGCACAGAGCAACUACCUUACCAUGGUGGUAUCUCGGGUGGAGAUGCUGUUGAGCGAGAUCAUACCCCUGCUGAAGAAGGCUUGCGUCAUCGCCAUUCGCUAUUCAGUCAUCCGCCGCCAAUCUCAGCUCCGGCCCAGUGACCCAGAAGCAAAAGUCCUGGACUAUCAGACUCAGCAGCAGAAACUCUUUCCUCAGCUGGCCACAGCCUAUGCUUUCCACUUUGUGGCAAGCAGCCUUUUGGAUUUCUUCCAAAGGUCCUACAGUGCCAUUCUGGACAGAGACUUCAGCCACCUGCCUGAGCUUCAUGCACUGAGCUCGGGUAUAAAGGCCAUGAUAUCAGACUUCUGCACCCAGGGGGCUGAGCUGUGUCGGAGGGCCUGCGGUGGACACGGCUACUCACAGCUGAGCGGCCUGCCUUCACUGGUCACCAGAGUGACAGCCUCCUGUACCUAUGAGGGUGAGAAUACCGUGCUCUACUUGCAGGCAGCCAGGUUUUUGGUGAAGAGCUACCUGCAUGCUCAGGCAGCCCCAGGCUCCACACCGAAGAGGCCUCUCCCUCAGUCUAUUGCAUACCUGACAGCACCUGACCUGGCCAGAUGCCCAGCCCGGGGAGCAGCUGACUUCCUUCACCCAGAGGUGUACACCAGCGCGUGGGCACAUGUGGCAGUCAGGCUCAUAAAGGACUCAGUGCACCAUUUACAGGCUCUGCUGCAAUCCGGUGCUGACAAGCACGAGGCAUGGAACAGGACUGCAGUCAUACAAGUCCAGGCUGCUAAGGCACACUGCUACUAUGUCACUGUGAAGAGUUUUACAGAAGCUCUGGAGAAACUAGACAAUGAGCCAGCCAUUCAGCAGGCACUCAAACGCCUCUGUGAUCUCUUUGCUUUGCAUGGCAUCCUGUCUAACACAGGCGACUUUCUCCAUGACGGCUUCCUGUCUGGGGCCCAAGUAGAUGUGAUGAGAACAGCCUACCUGGACGCGCUCCUCCUCAUCCGGAAGGAUGCCAUCUCGUUAACUGAUGCUUUCGACUUCACGGAUCACUGUUUAAACUCGGCACUUGGCUGUUACGACGGAAAUGUCUAUGAACGUCUGUUCCAUUGGGCUCAGACGGCACCAACCAAUACUCAGGGGAACCCUGCCUAUGAGAAAUAUCUAAGACCACUACUACAAAGUUGGAGAUCCAAGCUGUGAAAUAAUCAACGGCAUUCAAGAAGCACCAUUAAGUGAUAAUAGUAGUAUGGCAUAUAUAUCAUUAAAAUUUUAAAGUACAUAUAUGUGUACUUUUUAGAGUCAUUACCUUCUAGAGAGAGUCUGAAGUGAAUGAAAUACCUAUGAUUUACUUCAAAAUAAUCCAUGGGAAGAAAAGGGGUGAGUGAAUAGUUCUUGAUGUUAGUCAACAGGUGCGUGAGUGUUUAAACUAUCCUCUUCUAAAUAU